AUGUCGGAGAAACUACCACCUCAGCAGAAGAGCGCUUUCUUUUCUUUCAUCAAGUCCCUCGCAACAUUCAAAGGAGAUCUGGCAUCCCUAACAGCGCCACCCUUCCUCUUAUCCUCGCAGUCGAUCGUCGAAUUCUCAGCAUAUUGGGCGGAACAACCAUCAUUAUUCGUUGCGCCAGCAAGCGAGCCAGAUCCAGAGAAACGUGCGUUGCUGGUGUUGAAAUGGUUCCUGAGUACGCUGAAAGAACAACAUAAUAAUAAGGACGAACAUGGGAAGAAGAAGCGGAUGAAGCCAUUGAAUCCCUUCCUAGGAGAGCUGUUCUUAGGGAAAUGGGUUGAUAAUUCAGGAACCACACAACUUGUUGCUGAGCAAGUUAGCCAUCAUCCGCCGAUCACAGCAUGUAAUAUCUGGAAUGACGAACACGGGGUCAGGCUCGCAGGCCAUGUUGCCCCAAAGGCCUCCUUCUCAACGACAGUCCACAUAGACCGAAAGGGCUACUCGAUAUACCACAUCGACAAGUACAACGAAGACUACCUAAUAACAAUGCCAAAAGUUCAUAUCGAGGGUAUAAUGACCGGGUCCCUCUCUCCUGAGCUCAGUGGCACAACGUACAUUCGAAGUUCUUCUGGAUACACUGCAAAGAUAAACUACUCGAGUAAAGGUUGGAUGAGUGGGAAGAGCAACUCCUUCGUUGCAAGUCUAUACCACGAUGAUCAUGAGAAGGAUCCACUCUACACGAUCGAUGGGCAGUGGAGUGGACAGUUCACGAUAAAGAAAGCGGCCACGCAAGAAAUCAUCGAGAAAUUCUGCACCAGCUUGAUACCAAAAACACCACUCAUAGUCGCGCCAAUCGAGAAACAGCAUCCUCUAGAGUCGCGACGGGCGUGGCGAAAAGUGGUAGACGGGAUCGAGCAAGGCGACAUCUUUACCGUUGGACAGGAAAAAUCGAAAUUAGAAAACGAGCAACGAGAGAUGCGGAAAAGAGAGAAAGCUGAAGGACGAGAGUUUCAGAGGAGGUACUUCUCGAAGAUGAAAGACGACCCAUUGGCAGAAAGGCUAGCUGAAGGAAUCAAGGGGCCGACGUCAAUAAAAGGUGACAUGGAUGGACAUCAUAGGAUCUGGAAAUUUGAUGAGCAGAAGUACAAGAGGGUGCAGCAGAGUUUGAGAAAUGGGAGUAGGAGUCCUAUGAGGCCGCGAUUUGAUUCUGGAAUUGGUGGUAUUCUUGUGGACAAGGUUGAAUAG